AUGUACUCCCAACAGCAUGCCGCCGCCAUGGCGCCGCAAAAGCCUGAGACCUUCAUGCUGAGCACCGAGGCACAGCAGGCAUUGCCCCAUGACGCCCAGGUCGCCCUUCAGCAGGUCGACAACCUGAAGUACUUCCUCAUCUCUGCUCCCGUCGACUGGCAGCCCGAUCAGUACAUCCGCCGCUUCCUUCUGCCCACGGGCGAGUACGUCUCGUGCGUGCUCUGGAACAACCUCUUCCACAUUUCGGGCACCGACAUUGUGCGCUGCCUCUCCUUCCGCUUCCAGGCCUUUGGUCGUCCCGUGAAGAACUCCAAGAAGUUCGAGGAGGGCAUCUUUUCCGAUCUGCGCAACCUCAAGUCCGGCACCGAUGCCUCGUUGGAGGAGCCCAAGAGCCCCUUCCUCGACUUCCUGUACAAGAACAACUGCAUCCGCACACAAAAGAAGCAGAAGGUCUUUUACUGGUAUAGCGUCCCACACGACAGACUCUUCCUCGAUGCUCUGGAGCGCGAUCUGAAGCGUGAGAAGAUGGGCCAGGAAGCCACUACCGUCGCCGUCAGCGAGCCCGCCAUGUCGUUCCAGUACGAUUCGUCGCAGUCGCUCUACGAGCAGCUCACCAAGGCCCAGCAAGCCAACUCUUCAUCUUUCAGCGCCCAGCAGCAGGUGUCGUUUCCCCAGUCCCAGUCGACCUCGCCCGUCAUGAGGGCGAUCGACUCGAUGCCGCCUCCCCAGAUGAUGCCUCAGUCAGUCCCCCCCAUGGGCGACGGCCUUGAGUCCAUGGUGCCUUACGGCGCCAUGCAGAUGCCCCCCUCUAUGCCUCCCUCCAUGCCUCAGGGCAUGCCUCCUCAGAUGCCGCCUCAGCAGAUGGUUAAGCGUGAGCCCGACUACGGUCGUCCUCAGUACAACCAAAACGGCAUCCCCGUCAACCAGGGCCACCAGCGCCACGCUUCCAUGCCCGCGUACGGGCUCGAGUACUCGCCCGCCCCUUCAUUCGUGUCGUCGCAGUAUGAAGACUACAGCAACCGCGGCAUCUCGUUUGAGCCCAUCACCCCUCCCCAGCAAGCUUUGGGCUUGACGGCUGAGCCGGCCUACAUUGCCAACGAGGAGACUGGACUGUACACUGCCAUUCCUGACCACAUGGUCGGCGGCAACGGUCUGAACGGCAUGAUUCAGCUGCCUCCCUCCAACCUGGCUGGUGCUCAGUUCUCGCGCGGUUACGGUGCUAACAAUGUCUAUUCUGUCAUCGAGGGCUCGCCCACGUAUAAGCAGAGGAGGCGACGCUCGUCCAUCCCUCCUUCCAUGUCCGCCAUUGCCGCUGCCACGGCUCAGGCUCAGGGACAGCAGCAGCAAGCUCCUACCCACAGGCCUUCUGAGCUUCGCCGCUCCGUCUCCGCCUCGGUCGGACCAGUGCUGGAGGGUGAUGAGUCGGCAGAAAACUCCCCGCCUGGCCUCACCUACAGCACGUCUGCCAUGCAUCUCAUGAACCAGCAGCACAAGGACGUCCUCGACAUGUCUCGUCACGGCACGCCGCCGUCGAAUGUGGAUGGUAGCCCGGCGCUGAACCCAAUGGCGCUCCAGCAGCAGGACUUCCCUCAGCUGACAAGCGAGGACAUGUCGGCUGAUGGCUCCAUGGGCGUCUCGCGUGCUGUCAUGCAUGGUCCCAAUGGUGCCGUCCGCCGCGCGCGUUCUGCUACCGUCAUGGAGCUCGGCCCUUACCCCCAGAAAUCACACUCUUGCCCCAUUCCCACGUGUGGUCGCAUCUUCAAACGCUUGGAGCACCUCAAGCGACACCGACGCACCCACGAACGUGGCGAAGGCAUGGAUGGUCCCGUUAACUUCUCCGGCGAGGAGGAAGAGGACUACUCCGGUGAAGACCAGCUUGGCUCUCUCGAGGAGGCCUCGCCCAGCUCCGAGAACGCCUACAUCACUGCGUCUCUCAACAGUGUCGCUGAUGGCCAAGUACACGGCAACGUGGUUGCGCCUCAGACCUUCAACAGCCUCCAGACGCUCAGCAUGCCCAUGACGCUUAGCCAGCCUGCCAUGCACAGUGGCGCCAUGUGA